UAUGUUCGUGUUACACAUCUAAGCACGGUCACAGAUAAGGCAGAACACAGACAGUGGACACUAUGGCCAGAAACAUGUUUGUCUUGCUAGUUACGGCUUGUGUCUUCUUGGUUGCUGAGGCAGCCGUAGGGUCAACGUGUCAGACAGCUGCUGAAUGUGAGCCAGGGGAAUGUUGCCAGAUUUUGAGUGAGUUCAUGGUGGCAAGUAGAAGGCAAGCACCGGCUGAUGUACUGCAGGCUUUACCUAGAACAGGAAGCUGCCAGAAGUACACCUUAGAGGGCGGUAACUGUGACACCCUGGACAAGAUGAACGGCUACUGUAGCUGUGAGCCGGGCACCUACUGCCACAUGUACGAGGUGCCACUGACCACUGCAAGGAGGGGCGUCCGUGGGGCCCCCAUGGUCAGGCCAGGCUACACCUGGGUGUCCAAGUGUGAGAAGACGACAGCAUAGGACCACUGACAGGAUAGGACCACUGACAGGAUAGGACCAUAGACAGGAUAGGACCAUUGACAGGAUAGGACCAUUGACAGGAUAGGAUCAUUGACAGCAUAGGACCAUUGACAGGAUAUGGCCAUUGACAGGAUAUGGCCAUUGGCAGGAUAGGACCAUUGACAGGAUAUGGCCAUUGGCAGCAUAGGACCAUUGACAGGAUAUGGCCAUUGACAGGAUAUGGCCAUUGGCAGGAUAGGACCAUUGACAGGAUAUGGCCAUUGGCAGCAUAAGACCAUUGACAGGAUAUGGCCAUUGACAGGAUAGGACCAUUGACAGUAUAUGACCAUUGACAGGAUAGGACCAUUGACAGGAUAGGACCAUUGACAGGAUAGGACCAUUGACAGGAUAGGACCAUUGACUGGAUAUGACCAUUGACAGGAUAGGACCAUUGACAUUAUAGGACCAUUGACUGGAUAGGACCAUUGACAUACCGGUGCUGGACAUUGAA